GGGUCCCGAUGAUAUACUUGACUGAGAGGCCUGUAUACACUUCAGACGAACUCCAGGCCUCUCCCCUUCGCUGUUCAUUUUCACAGACAGGAGACUUGCAGAGGAUUUACAAGUGGGGGACAGGGGCAGGCUGUUUAACACUAUAGCAGUGAAUUUUCUUUGUGCUAAGCGGUCGAGCGACUAAGAGAAGUAAUGUGAUAAGAAGGUUUUUCCCGAUCUGAGGCGGGCUGGUAGGGGAAAGAUGGGAGACCCUCUCACUUCCCUCUGUCAGCUGGAGGAGGAGAUCUGCACGUGCGGCAUAUGCAGCGACACCUGCCGACGACCACGUGCGCUGCCUUGUCUGCACUCUUUUUGCAGGGAGUGCUUGGAGCAACACAUCCAGGAUGAGGUGAAGAAAGGCAGCAAAGCUUACUUCUUGUGCCCUUCCUGCAAGCAGCCGACAGACCUCCCCAAAAAUGUCAGAAUCGCAGGUCGCUAUUCAGAAAGCUUCAGAGAGGACAGUUUCAUCGACAAGGUGUGCGAGGUGAUCGCAGCUUACGGCGCGGACAAGUCAUGUGACCUGUGCGUCAAGCGGGGAGACGACGUCCCUGCCCUCAACUGGUGUCUGGACUGCUACCAAGCCAUUUGCGACGCCUGCACCAGCAUCCACCUGCACGAUGACGUCACCGCAGACCACGUGGUUAUUUCCCUUCCGGAAAUGCAGAAACUUCCGCUGGAGAGCGUCAUGACGCGCAAGCGCGUAGUUCCGUGCGCAAAACACGUUGGUGAGUCCUUGACCCUGUACUGCACAGACUGUAAGGAACCCGCCUGCGGCGACUGCGCGGCCCUCAGCCACCGGAAGUGUCGGAGUUGCCUCCCUGUCGCUGACGCCGUUUCCGCCAAAGAAGAGGACAUGGCGGAGGUGGUCAUCCGCCUGCAAUCCAUGCCGCCCCAGGGCAUGCUGGGAGGAGGGUUCGGGGACGCGAUGGAGGUGCUGGAGGAGACGGUGCGCAGCUCCAAGGAACGUAUUCGCGCCGUCGCCGCAGAACUGCGGCAGAAGAUCGACGACAGCGAGAAAGAGCUGCUGAUGAAGGUGGACGACGCUUACGCGAUGCUGAAGGAAAAGAUCGACAGCAAAGGUGGGCCCGCCAAGGACUACUCUAAGAUCCUGAGAGCCGGUAACGAACGGAUGCAGUACCUGCUGAAAUACGGAAGUGAUGUAGAAAUCCUACAGGUGUAUGACACGAUUAAAGACGCCAUGGCAAAAAUGGAAAGAUCGGGUAACAACAACGGAAACGAAGAGGAGGAGGAAGAGCUCAUGUUCAGGGUGAACUUUAUGCCUGAUGACGUCAUCAAAGUAUUCCAGCGUGACUACCAGACGAUGGGCCAUGUACAGGUAGAGGACUGUAACUCUGACGACGGUCUGUCCUCGUGGGGUGUCACGUGCACGUCACGUGACGAGAUCAUCGUCGUCGACUGCCGGAACAGGCGCAUGCAGAAGUUCACAAGCAAUGGCGACUUGAUCGACCACAUCCAGAUCUCCGAAGAGCCCCGUGACGUCACAUGUCUCGGAAAGGACGACGAUGUGGCCAUCACUAUCAUGAAGAAGCUAAUUUUCAUCGUCACAGUUUCAGGCACCAUGGCGUUGAAACGCCGGAUCAGGACGGCGAAGCAGUACGACGCCAUCGCUUACUCCUCCACGUUAGACCAGUUCCUGGUGUCCUGCCUGCAGGACACGUCCGUCGACGUCAUCAACCAAAGCGGUGACGUCGUCAAAUCCUUCAACGUGGACAGCGCGGGCAACGCCAUCUUCGUGGAGCCGCGCUACGUCACGUUUACCGGCGACGGCAACUACGUGGUGACGGACGUGGCCACCAACACCGUCAAGUGUAUCUCGCCGGAGGGUCGUCUGCUCUUCGCCUACCAGCCGUCCGGGGCGCACGUGCUGCGCAAACCUCAGGGCCUGUGCAUCGACAACAUCGGCAACAUCUUCGUCGCCGACUACGGCAACAGUCGCAUACAGUUGGUUACCAGCGAGGGCGCCUUUCAAAGGUUCGUCUUGGCUCGUGAAAGUGGAAUUCAUCGGCCUGUCGCCAUCUACAUGAGCAGCACCAGCAAACUGGUGGUCGUGCAAAGUGAUGGCAUCGUCAAGGUGUUCAGCUACGAAUGACCCGGGAAGAUGAAGGUCCGCUAUAAAGUGACCUGCUGGUGCCCCCGCUGUCUUGCCAACAUGGAGAAGGACCAGGCUGCCAAGUAAACAGUGAUGAUAUCACUGGUCUGGUGGCUUACGCUGACCCAUCAAAGUUAUCACUUGUCGGAUCAUCGUCUCGAAAUUAUCAAUGCUUACCUCGUAUUACUAAACAACAUCCUUAUAUUUGGAGUUCACUAUCAAAUAUAGAGACAAUGAAAUUGAUCCCAUUCUUUUCCUGCUUCUGUAAAAGUUGAAACAGAUUAAAGACGUGUACCAAACUUUAAGGAUUAUACAUUUUGCAGUUUUAAGAUAAUCUCAUAACAACUAACCACAAACAUUAUUUUCCAGAUGACUUAAGAAGUAAACUUAUAUAAUCCGUAGCAACAGUUUGGCCAGUCAGAGAGCUUUAUAUCAGCUUUAAAAUAAAUAUGCACACACAUAUAUUUAAUAUAAAAAUGAAUUUAUCAGAAUUUGGUGCAACAUCUAAUUAAUUGUGUAUUAAAAAAGACUGUUUAACUUCUGCAUGCAGCUCAAAUAUAUUUUUCACAAAGUCCCUUUUUUCUGUGGUAAAAGCGAAAUGAAUAAACAGAAGGCCAAAUAAACUUCUUCGUGUUGAGUUUAAACAGCCAUAGGUCAUUGGACUGAUAUUUAUAUACUUACAUAAUGUAAUAUGUAAUGGUAAAGCUAAGGGAGAGUAUUACGAGGUCGAUUUGUUUUGCUGAUUUGUCCUGACUUGCAACUACUUUGGGGUUUGGCGGCAGAAGUUCAUCCUACCUGACAUGAAGGUUGUGUGAUGCACAUGACUUAAGCUCUUCAGAGGGGUCACGUGCUGAUGGUAUGUACACCUUCCUGCCACGUGGGGAGUUCUUUGUGAGCCUGCACAGUCAGCCUUUUCCUUACAGAAAACAACCAUUCCAUGACAUAACCUUAGUUGCUUGGCAAAAACACCAAUUCCCCCUCCUACUCCUCCAUACAUGACAAUACUUUCACCGCCAUCAAAAAGAGGUAGAAAUGUUAAAUAAAAUUUUAGCUGAUCUUUAUAUAAAAAAGUACAAGCAUCUGUUUUCUUCUACCAUCUCAAACACAGGCUCAAAAGGAAUUUAGCAGCAUGACAGACUUCUAUGAUUCUCUAGCCACUGUGUUAUUUAUUGCUGCUUUUUUUUUUUUACUUAUUUUGCCAUUUAAUAACUCAGACAAGUUUUAUUAUUAAUACCCACAGGAGACUUUUUUUCUUUUAACUUCCACCUCUUCUGAGAUCUAAGCUAUAACAUUUUGCAGUAUUUUCUCUUUGGGCAAUGAAUAUACAUGCAUAUGCUCACCAACCAUUUAUAGUAGUAUAUAGUCAUACCUUAACAGUGACUGUUUGCUUGUGUGCACACACAUAUAUAUCAAUCUGCUUAUUGUACUUGUUUUCUUAAACUCUUUAGCAUUUUUGUUCUUGUAGCUACUGUCAUUGGCAUACUUUAACAGUGAUUGCUUGUUUUUUGUGUACGCCUAUGUAUAUAUAUCUUGAUAUAUUUAUAUUGUACUUGUUCUCUUAAAUCUCUUUCCCAUAUCUGUUUUUGUAGCUACUAUCAUCAGAGUACAAAAUGCAUAUAACUUAUUUUAAGUUGGUUGGCAGUCACUGUUGAUCUCUUGUAAUGACAAUGACAAUUCUUUAUUUACGAGAGGUAAAAUAAGCUCCAUUUAGCCCUCGCCCUUUACCGGGAAAAAAUAAACUAAGUAAAUGAAGUAAUUAAGCACUAUGAGAAUAGUAAUAAACACAAGGAAGGUAUCAAAGGAGAGUGGAAGGUGAAUAUGUACAAAAGUGGUAGUUAAAUAAAGCAUAUAUUUACAAAGUUUCCUGGAGUUAGGGGGUAUCUCGAGAGGCCUCAUCCAAUUUUCUUGAAUGUAUUUAGGUAGAUGGCAUCAAAAGCAGUUCUGGGAGUUCAAUUGCUUAAGAUGGGGAGAGAGGCUGUGCCACAGGACACUUCCUGAGUUUUUCAGACUUGAUUUAAAAAGGUCUAAUCUAGGAAUGGGAAUUUUAAGUUUCUGAGAAGUUCUAGUGCUAUUGGAGGAAAAUAGUAGAGAGAGUCUUGGCGAUAAUUUACCUGUCAGUAUUUUGUACAAGAAAAUGCAUUUAUUAAAUUUAAGUCUGUCUUUUAGAGGAAGGGUAUAUUUUUGGUUUUAGCAGAACAGCUUUGAUUGCUCGCCUCUGAACACUUGCUAGAGGUUUCGUGGAAGUUCAACUAGUGGAGUCCCAGAGGGUGGAUGUGUUGUCAAUGAUUGUCUGAAUGUGGGUAGUAUAGAAGAAUUUUCCUGUGUGAGUGUCUAGGAAAUGUUUAAUUUUUGACAGCUGAUAGACUUUCUUGGAGAUGCUUUGUAAGGCUUCUCCAGCAGAUCAAUAAGAUUUUGAAGUAGACAGCAAUCAAACUGCAUGCUCGAUUUUGAGCUGUUGGUUCUAAAUAAAUAUUUGUGCUAAAGCUAGUAAGGGACAGAGUAUAAUCUGUUUCAUUUGUCCCAAUAAUCUGUGCCAUUAUACACUUUUACUUACAUGUACAAAUGUAGUGCUUAUUUUAUUUUUUUGUGUGUACCUCGGAAAAUUUUUUGUCAUUUUUCUUUAAAUUGCUUGUAGUAGUUGCUGAUGGAUUUAAUGACCACUCAUGAAAAAUUUAAAUGUCAUGCUGAGAUAUUAAACAAUAUUUCUAUUU